AUGGGGAAGGCAAUAACAUAUAAGCGUACUAGAAGAGCAGAGAAUGACGUAAUCAGGUAUGGGGCAUCAUCUAUGCAAGGGUGCCGUGAUGAAAUGGAAGCUACCGUAAGUUCUAAUUCAGUAGUUCAGAGAAUCAUUGAGAUGAUAGUUCUAUGUAUUAUCGAUUUUGUUUGCCAUUACAGUACUGAAUUUGAUUCUUACCUGUCUUGUUUGCAGUGGGCAUCUCACGUACAUCUACUAGAUUAUGCGCCCACAUUAUUUUUUGGUGUUUAUGAUGGCCAUGGAGGAGCGGAAGUAGCAUCUUAUUGUUCGAGGAAGUUUCAUGAAGAGCUUAAAAAGGAUCCAAGCUAUGUCCUCAAUCUGCCUGGCGCAUUGAAGAAUGUGUAUUCCAGCAUUGAUGAGAAGUUGCAAGAAUCGGAUGAAUGGAGGAGGGACUUGGCUUAUUCUCCUGACAUCAGAAAUUUGAUAAGGUGGCUAUGGACUGAUGUUUGUGGUGCUAACUGGCUCCCCAAGGCACCUUAUCUGCCCCCUCUACAUGAAGGAAGCACAGCAUGCGUGGCUGUCAUCAGGGGCAACCGUAUCUAUGUUGCAAAUGUGGGCGAUUCCCGUUGUGUGAUCUCAAGGAAUGGUCAGGCAAUUGAUCUCUCGAUGGAUCACAAACCAAACUACCGACAUGAAAGAAAGAGAAUUGAAAAGGCAGGAGGACAAGUGCGCAUGGAUGAUAUCCCAAAGAAAGUUAUGGCUGACAUGAAGUUGGGCAUCCAUCGCAUUGAGGGAAUAUUACACAUAUCCAGAUCGAUUGGUGAUUUUCAGUUCAAGCAGGACCCGACUUUGUCGUGUCAAGAUCAAAUGGUGACAUGUUGUCCAGACAUAUGCGAUGUGCCGAUAACAAAUGAUACUCAAUUUUUUGUUAUAGCAAGUGCAGGUAUCUGGGAUGUCAUGACAAGUCGGCAGGUGGUUAAUUUUGUACACCAAUGCUUGCAAUCGGAGGAGAAAGAUCCGGGAACCAUCUGUGAAAAACUUCUUGAUUCAUGCCUGCGCGAGGGCUCAAAGGAGAAUUUGACCAUUAUACUGGUUCAAUUCAAGGCCACCGCCCAUGGUGGAGCUGAAGCCAAUGUUGCUCAUGGUGGAACUGAAGCCAAUGUCGCCCAUGGUGGAGCCGAUCCCGACACGGGAACUGAUGAUAUCGAGAGCAAAGGGUCAGGUAGCCGCAGCCCUAAGCCCUUAGAGAUCGAGGCCCAGGAAUCUGGCUCCAAAAAAGAAAGUGCGACGAGGAUGCUUCAGCUGGGGUUGGCUAAAGCACGAGGAAUGCUAGGCGUGCCCAGAGUUUGA